GGUAAGGGAGAAAGGGGGAACGCGAGGACCGAGGACGCGAUGUUUUUUGAAAACAUGCAGACAGGAGAUUCACGGGCGACGACGAAGACGAUAGAGCUUUGACGGACAUAGACGGACGAAAGAAUAAGCUGGCGGACAACGCUGAUUCUAGCGAUACUCCGCGGUCUGAGCGACGCGUUCUCAAGCGUAGCGACCGCGGAGGUUACAUGUACUACCUCAUCGAAAAGUGCGCUGAGAACAGCGAUGCAAAGGUGCCCAGCUGGUCAGAGAGCGACCUGCUGGCACUUAUCACUGAGUACUGGAAACGCAGAGAGACGAUGCGGCCAAAGGCUUCCGAGACAGUGACCAACAUGCAGAGGCGUCAGUGCUGGCUGGAAAUAACGGAUGCAGUCAAUGCUCGAUGCUUUAAUGAGGGCAAUGCUAAAACCAUGGACCAACUGAAGCGCAAGUGGGAGAGGACCCUCAUGCUAGCCAAAAAGGCUGCUCUCAACAUUCAGAGGAAGAAUGGCAAUUUGUCAGACCUGACACCUGCUUACCAGUUGGCCUUGUCGAUCGUUUGUGAUGAUUUCCCACUAUCACUCGACUGUGCGUCCACGACAGGCCUUGGGGCACCUGAUGUGACCAUGCACGCUGAGUCAUCUACAUCGCAGAAUUCUUUAACUGCACAAGUAUCCAGCAGGUUCAUCACAGAACCAGAAGAGGACUCUUCUUUGGAUGCCUCAGUAGAGCUCCAGGUUUUGCCACAGAAAGGUAUCAAAGCAGAAGUGACCGAGAGUCACAGUUGUCAAGAGAACACUUUUGAACGUGAUAGCAACGAAGCACCGAGCUGCAAGAAACGGAAAAGAGAAGAAGGUGCUCCAUGCGAUUCAAAAAUAAUGCCUGAUCGGGAACUCAUUGAGCUCAAGAAGCAAAGAGUACAAAAUCAGAUAUGCUACGAGGAAAUGCAGCACAAGCUGCAAAUGAAUGUACUCAGGGCCCAACUGCAGUUCUGGGAGAGGAAAAUGGCGUCACUGGAUGCAGAAUGACACGGUGAAAGAGCAUAGUAUUGUGAAUGAUUUCUCUCGAAUUUUGGUUGUGAAGAGUUUGUGUGUGGCAUAAAAUGUAAAAAACAAAGUAGUUUUUUGAAAACGAA